AUGGGAAAAUCUCAUUUGAAAAUUUAUAUCGUUUUAUUGAUAAGCCAUCUAUGUUCAAUUGCCAUAGGAUAAACAUUUGUGAAACUUUAGGAUACAUGUGCUUGCGAAGAAUUACUCGAAGAGAAUGAAUGCAGGGCUGCUACAAUAUGCAACUAUUCUCAUCGUGAAUGCAAGACUAUUUAAUGCACUCACUUGUCUGCAAAAGAUUGUGUUUAUAAUAGCAAUUGUGCUUUAGUAAAUAAUACAUGCGCUGAUUUUGAAUCAUGUGCAUCUCAUAAUGCUACAACAUUAGAUGAUUGUGUGAAUUUAUUUCACAAUUGUUAUUUUGAUAAUAAUAAGAUGACUUGUAGAGAUCCAUAAAAAAUCGAUUUGGGUAGAUGUUCUGAAACCAUUAAUGGAAGAUGCUUGAUAGCUAAUGAAGGCCUUUGUGCUUGGAAAAACGGAGUUUGCUAAGAAUUGACGGCUUGCGAAGAUGUUGAUCCUACUAGUUUAUAAUGUUCUUUCGCUUUUUCCAGCCUGCGAAUUUGAAGAUGAUAAAUGCGUAUCUCAUCUUUAAUGUAGUCAAUUAGAAAUGGCUGAUUGUAAAUUCGCAAAGGAGAAAAUCAAUGGAGAUAGAUACCAACUUUGUAUGAUAGGACGCAAAGGAUGUAUAAAUUUUGACCCAACCUAACAAACAAAAGAUACUUGUUGGAAAAAUUCCAAUGCAUUCUAUCAUUGGGUUGGUAAAAAUUGUUUAAGAUGUUCUUGGGCUUCAAUAAUGAAAUCUGUAUUAUUUGUAGCACUUUUAAUCUUGAGCAUUUGA